UCACCCGGUACUCCUCAGGAUACCCGGACUUUGUGGAAGCUGUGAGGUUCCACAAAGCCUUUGAGGAGGCCCGGGUCAAGUCCCUCCAGCCUGGGCAGGAGGGACAGGCCCUUGUUGGGACUUCAAGUUGGAGACCCUGCAGAGCCUGUACGAGUCUGAGGACCCCAAGAAGAUCCGAUUCGUCAACUACCUGCGACGGAAGGCACCAGCUCCAGGCACGCAGAUGGAGAACGCCAUCCGCUAUGUCAGAAGCCGAGACAGGCAGAGGAGGAACCCUGCUGUUGCUGUCAGGACCUCCACCUCCUCCUCCACGUCCUCCACUGUCAGCAGCAGCUCUGCUUCUGUCUCAGCUUCAACGCAGGGUCCCAGAGCUGCAUCCCAAUUUGCAGCUUUUGUCUCUGGCCGGCGUUCUCUGUCUGCGGUGGAAAUGCAGGCAAAGAUUAAGAAGCUAGUGGUUUCUCAGCCUGCAUUUCCAGCCUCCUGCAGACCAGCUCUUACCUCAAAACAACCUGAGGAGUCCACAGAUGAAGAGCUGGUCCAGUUGACGCAGAAGAGUAAGAACUGGAAACUGAACACCUCAGAAGUACAGGCCCUUCUCUCGCUCCUCCCUCCUCCUCCACCUCCUCCCUCCACGUCCUCCCUGCCACAGAGGGCUGAUGAGGGCUCUGCAGGGCCAGAGGAGCCCACAGAUGAGGAGCUCAUGGAGGCCUCACAGGAGCCUCAUGCUCCUCUGGCCCUGCCCGCCGCUCCACCACUGGUCCAGGCUCCACCACCACCACCACCACCACCACCUGCAGCCAUGGAGCAGGCUGCUCAUCCUCCUCCACCUGCUGGCGAUGCUGAGGUGCUGAACUUGUUGGAUUUUUCUCUCUCCAGCUGCUCCCAGAGUCUUGGAGAGCAGCUCUCACUGCAGAGCAGCAGCAGUGGAUCGGCCGGGUGCUGUUUUCCAGGGACAGCAGGGGGAGGCCACGUCUCAUCGGAGACCUGA